AUGGAGGUCCUGAUCAAAUGGAAGGGUCUACCUGACUUUGAAGCUACUUGGGAAGCAGCAUCAACCAUCCAUCACCAGUUUCCUGACUUCCAUCUUGUGGACAAGGUGGAACAAAUAGGUGUGGGGGAGGAGGGGGGGUUUGUUAGGUCCGGAACUGUUGGGCCCAAUACCAGGCCCAAUGUCCGAGUUACUUCAGCCUGGAGAGGGAAGGUUAAAAUGUAG